CUCAGUCCCAGAAGGCCCAGAACAAACAUCUCCUAUCUGUCAUUUCGUUUGCUUCUCUGGAAGAACAAUUCUUUCUUCUUCUACCCAUCUCUGCUUCGUCGACACAGAACCUCAGAAACACGAAAAAGCAAAACAGAAUCCGGAACCCAAAAAGAAAAAGCAAACCCUAACCCAAGCCAAAACCCCGCCAAAAGCGAUGCGUGUUGUUCUCCCUCAGGAAUCUCCGUCAAGGCCUGUGAAUGCUGCAUGGUCACCUUUCAUGAAACCAGAGAAUAGAAGAGAAUUUUGAGAAGCUUGUGUUGUUGGGUUUGAUAGAGGAGAGAGUGGUUGGUUGGGUUCUGUUGAUUUGAUGCGAUGUUAACCAUUGAAUGCGAUGGUAAACCUAGGCUUUCGGAUGAGAGGCCUCUAGGUGGUAGGCAGCUGUUCUCGCCUCUGCUCCACGAUGGACUACCCCGCCGGAGCUUUACGUACCAAAAGCUCCCUCAGCAGCUCUUUAAGCUCACUAUUCUCAAACUGGAUGGUUCGUGCUUUGAUGUUGAAGUUGCGAGAAUGGCUUCUGUAGCGGAACUUAAACAGGCGAUAGAGGAUGUUUUCAGUGUGUCUCCAAAGGAAGAACAUAGCAGGAUAUCUUGGUCUCAUGUCUGGGGCCAUUUCUGCCUAUGCUUUGAAGGUCAGAAGUUAAUCAAUGACAAAGCAUAUCUCCGGAAUUUUGGCAUAAAGGAUGGUGACCAGCUUCAUUUUAUCCGGCAUUUGUCAAUUAAUUAUCGCCCAAUGAAGAGACGAUCUAAACAUCACAUUUCUGCUUGUGAAGGGCACACCACCAGGUCGUCACCAGGGUUAAAUGCCCCCGAGGAUAAAGAACAACAUGUGGAUGAUGAUGACCAUGAUGAUAAAGGUUGCAAUGACAACGAGGAGAAUGACAAAAAUAAUCAAUAUGAAGAUGACGAGGGGCAAUAUCUCAUCGGACAUUCAGAAUUGAAGUUAGCUCACUUUUUGAGGGGAUGGCUCUCUUAUUCAAGAUUGAGGUAUUCUGGGAGAAAAAGGACACAAGGGAAAACUCACCCUAGACGGUUUGUAAUACAGUUCUUAAAUUUUGGGGCAAAGGCAACAUGGCCCUAAAGGUAAAAAUCCACUUCAAGGAGACAAAUGAAAGGAAGUUGGUUCCAAAAAGAUCAUGCUACUGAUCCAUAAACAGGCACAACAAUUCAAAUGUUGUUGAACUGAUUCUGGACAUGUCUAAGCUUUCAAAAUCAAAAAGAUGUUCUCUUCAAGGGCUCUCAGAAGUGCAUUUCUGAUGCAGAAUUUUCUGUUAGCACAUGAGGAUUAGUUCAUUGUUAGUUAGCUUUGCUCUGUCCAUUUGUCAUGGAUGGCUUACUUUCUUGAUUGAACCUAAAUUUUUACUGCAAUCCAAGGAGAUUGCACACUAUCGGUAGUUCUCCUA